AUUUGACAUAUUAAUUAUUUGUAACUUGGUUGCAUCAUUUAGGUUAUAGGUCCUAAGUUAUACAUAUCAUUUAAAUUCUAAGUUACGCAAUAUAUGAGAUAAUAAAUACAAAUAAAUUCUCAUUCUUACUAUAUUUAUAGUGGGUCAUGCGUUACUAUGGAAUUAAGAAGAAAAUUUUGUACUGUGGAUUAAUUGUGCUCUUGUUUUUCAUACUUCUUCAUCCCUCCAGAAAUGCAAAAGGAACCUAUGAGUUUAUUGAAAGGGAGCAUAUUUUGAGCAAUUUGCUCUAUGACACUGCUGAAAACUUUUCUAGUACUGCAAUUGUUGAGUGUGAUUACUACAAUGUUGUUUAUGAUGAUUCCACUCUUUCUAUCAGUAUUGCUGACGGUGAUUUAGUUGAGAAUCAUAGGGUUAAAGAUGGAGGGGAAUACGUACCUGUCGAGUGCAGACCAAGUCUUAGCACUGCUAUCAUUAUUCCAUAUAGGGACAGAGCUGAACAAUUACGCGCUUUCUUGGUUUAUAUGCACAUGUUUCUAAGAAGACAGUUUAUCCACUACAGGAUCUAUGUUGUGGAACAAGUUGAUAGUAAGCCAUUUAAUACGGCAAAGCUAAUGAAUAUCGGGGCUGCAGCGGCAAUACGCGCAGGUUUUCCUUGCCUGGUAUUGCAUAAUGUGGAUCUACUCCCACUUAGGCCAGCUAAUUUGUAUGCCUGUACAAAACUUCCUCGACAUCUAUCAUCUAGUAUCAAUAAAUUGAGAUUUGUCCUUCCACACCAAAAUGUAUUUAGUGGUGUUGUGUCAAUAUCUUCGAAACAAUUUAAACUUAUAAAUGGAAUGACAAAUGGGAACACUGGUGAUAAAAGUGAUCUUCACAAUCGUCUUAAAGUCGCAGGUAUAAAAAUUACUCGUUAUGAACCUUCAUUGAGUCGUUAUUAUAUGUCUUCACAGAAAUUACAACGGAAAGUGAUAAGAUUCAAUCGAGAUAUGAAACAAGAAAUGAAAAAAGAUGGUCUGAAUUCAUUGAUGUACACAGAAGUUGCUACCGUCCUACAUCCAUUGUUUACUCAUAUCAUGGUUGAUUUGUAAUAUAUGUUUAUUUAUAUAAGGAUAAAAUUAGUAGUAAAUAGUUAAAUUAUUGCUAGUAGAAAAUGUGCAUUUUCUCCGUCCAUGACGAAUAUACAUUCUCAUAUUACGAUAACAAUGUCCAAGUUCCUUAGUAUAGUUCUAUAUAUUUUUUUUUUGUUAUACAAAUUAAUAGUUUUUAAUCAAUGACAGUUGUAGUAAAAAUCACUGGCUGAAAACUUUUCCUAGCGUCCAGUGUUCAUAGUUAUCCAAUUUUUUAUAUAAAAAUAAUUCAUGCUAGUCUUCCAUAGAUAAUAAUAGUUUUCACCUAAAAAUAAUUAUUGAGAACAUAUCUUCCAAUAAUAAUAUCAUUUUAAAGAAAAAUUCUUUUAAAAUAUUUUUAAGCAUUAUCUGUGAUGUAAUGUAUUGUUUUUAUUAUUUAGUGUAUUUUCAUUUCCAUUAAGAUUUUUACACCAAAAAUAUUUUAUAUAUUUUUUAAGUUCUAGUCAAUCACUUUAAGAGUCUCAGUAAUAUUUUUUUUAUAUCAUAUAAGUUAUUAGUGUUUUACAUCCUGUUAUUAGUGUGUUAUAUGCUGUUUGUUUAAAAUAAAUUAAUAUUGCUAAGA